CAAUAAUACGUCGGACCUGGUGCGGUAUAGCAGACGGAACAUACGUAUUGCAAUCGACUUUUAUGUCUCUUUAAUGUGCGCAAAUUCGUCAUUGAGCACGCACUCGUCGAGUGUAUAGCAUUUCUUUCAAGAUUUUCUUGGAUCUCUCUUCUUUUCAAGACUUUUUACCUACUGUCGUUUUGCACGAUACUUUGUAUUUAUGUGGACGGGGUCAAUACGUCAACGUGACAGUUAUUUACCCACGAACGAAAGAUGUACAAACAAGAGAAACUUUUUAAUGAAAUUCAAAACGUGAUGUAUAGUGAAACGAGUGUGCCCUCUGAAAGUCGAAUCACGCGGUAGUGCUGACCAUUAUAUUUUCACACUACACAAUUGAUAAGGACCAUCGAAUAGGAACUUUCCAGUAAUAUGAACGUUCCACUGUAUGGACUUCUUGGAGUUGCAGCAGCUCUGUUCGUAUAUCUUGUUGGAUGUGGAACAAUUGUAAAGUUAUUCAUUUGCCUGAUCGCCUUACUUUUAGGAACAAUCACUUGUGUAUUUAGAACAUAUGGCCCAAAUCUUGACAAUGUCAUUAAUUCUGAAAGGGAAGACUUAAAUAAGAAGACUGAAAAGCUUCGUCAGUACAUCCUAGAACUAUCGAAGCAGAAGUUGAACUUUACUUUAGAUAGAAGAAUCACUGGUAGCCGUAUUAUUGACGAGUCCCUGCAAGAGAUAUUAGAUUUCAUUAUCAGAGAUUACGUGGAACCAUGGUACAGCAUUGUUACAGACGACGAAGAGUUCAUAUACUCUGUACGGGAUACUGCUCAAAAAAUAGCUAUCAAUGUCGCAAAUCGAGUAAAAGGCGUGGACUGGAUAUCUUACUUAACAACUCGUCUCGUCGACGAUGCAGCCUCCCAUGUGAGAUUGUAUCGGCAAGCAAGAGAGAGAAUAAAACAACUUCGAUCGAAAAAGCUGCAGAAAGGUAGCGCAAGCUCAAGCACGUCGAGCGGGACUCCAAAGAAAACGCCGACUCACAGACGAAACAAAAGCGAAACCGAUAUAUCAUGGUACUCUCAGUCAAAGUUUUACAUUCCUAAUUUAUCAUCACUCACGGAACCAAUCGAAACUGGCGAAGAGAAGGAGGAUGAGUCGCUGGAGAAAAUAUUUUUUGACCUAGAGGUGCAGAUGGAAAAUAAUCUAAUAUGCAGAGAUUUGGUGUGUUCCAACACUAUGCAGGAACUUGAAUUUUUGGGCGAGAUAUCGGAAAUUCUGUUGUAUUUAGUAUUACCAAAGGAGGAUUUCGAUUGUUUAACUGUGAGAUUUAUAUUAAGGGAGUUGUUAGUAAACAUAGUAAUUAGACCGCUGUUGGAUUUAUUUUCCGAUCCUGAUUAUAUUAAUCAGGCGUGUAUAUGGCUGUGCGUUAAGGAAGCUGGUUUACCGAGUGAUGUGUUUUUAACAGUGAUCAGAGUUACGGAUAGUUUAGACGAAUUAACGGCGACGAAGAAUAUAGUUUGUAAAGAAAUAGCUCAUUUACGCUCUAAGGAUUUAGGCAGGGAGGACGAUUUGUCCGUCAAGCAGCAGCUAAACAGUUUACUCUAUGUAAAGAAAAUCUUGGAGACCAGGAUCAUUGGAAUGCAAGAGGGUUUGGAAUCAGAAACUGAUGGAAUUGGUGCUCAACCAGAUUGGAAUAGGUUGUUAAUACCGGGCCAAAAGUUAGUGAAUUUACCAUUGGAUGAGUUGCUGAAGAAUAACAUUGCAUUGAGUUACUUUAUCGACUACAUGACUUCUAUAAACGCAGAAUCAUACUUAUAUUUUUAUCUGAACAUAUAUGGUUGGAGAGUGUCGGCCGAGCAGCAAAUAUCCGAAAUAGAAUUGCAGAAGCUACACGCGGCUCAUGCUAGUUCUAGUAUCAUGGGCACCAAGCGUAAAAAUACUAAUUUGGAGAACUUAAAGGAAGCAGCUACGAAGAUUUAUCAACAGUACCUUAGCGACAAAGCUUCGUCAAAAUUGCAGUUAGACGAUGUUUUGGUAAAGACUUUAUUAUCUAGAAUAAGAACCGAGUCUGUGAAAGAAACAUGGUUCGACGACCUUCGAGUUUGUUGUUACGAGAAGUUACAGAACGAAGAUCGAUUUCUACCCGGUUUUAAAAGGUCGAUUGCCUACGUGAAACUCCUCGCUGAAUUGGACUUGCUCAAGGACCCAGCCUCGGAGGAGGAUACAAAAUCACUCGACAGCGUCAGCCUAUCUAGUACGAACAACGAACUCGAGACUCUGGACGAGAUGUCCGAAUUGUACAAACCCGAUGAAACGAAAGACAGCAAAUUACAGUCGGACUCGUCGAUCAGAUCUACGAGCAUAGUGGACUCUAACGAAGGUAAGACGGUUGAUGAGACUGAUUCUGAGAUAAACGUUAGAACUAUGAAAAGCACGAGAAAAGUGGUAAACACCGAAACCGAUCACAUUGGCGAAGGUAAGGAUGUGUCGUUCUACGUAGAAUCGAACGUGGAACAGUUUAUCAAACUGGACGAGAACACGUAUGAUCAGAAUGCGAUUAAAAAAUUGCAACAAGGUCGAUUCGAGAUUAACGUUAAAAUCAUAGAAACCGGUAUUGUGAAUGACCGUGGAAAAACUUACGGCAUCUAUGCGGUGGCUGUAACGAAGAGCUACGAUUCAGGAUAUCAAGAGAAAUGGCACAUUUAUAGGAGAUAUUCCGAUUUCUAUGAUCUGUAUCAGAAAAUAAAAGAGAAGUAUUACGAUCUCGCGAAGAUACCUUUUCCAGCGAAGAAAGCUUUUCACAAUAUGGAAAGGACAGUUUUGGAGAGAAGAAUGUUGAUGUUGAACGCUUGGUUGCAUCAGUUGACAAAGCCGGCAGUAGUCGACGGUCAUAUGGGCUUGCAAAACUUACUGUUGAAUUUCUUGGAGCAAGGGGAUUACGAUAAAGGAAUUUCUGGUGGACAGAUCUCGAGAACGAUAGAUAGUUUCAUGAAUCCCUUGAAAACAUCGAUGAAGACUGUGACGCAAGCCGUUAAAACUAUGCCAGACAACAUGUUGAACACUGUAGAUGGAGUCAUGGAUAACAUAAGCAAAUUUUUUGGCAAUCCAAAGAAACCUAACGCCUUUUACGAGAACACUAAAGUUGGUGCUGGUCUUGACGUAGAGACUGACGAUAAUAUUCCUUUACGUAUUAUGCUCUUACUGAUGGAUGAGAUAUUCGAUUUGAAAGUGCGAAAUCAGUGGCUCAGGCGGCGGAUCAUUACGCUGUUGAGACAAAUUAUCCGUACUAUGUUUGGGGACAUAGUGAAUCGGAGAAUAGUAGAGUACGUGUCACUGCUGACCAGUCCAGCGAAAGUAGCUGGGUAUCUAAAGAUGUUCAAAAAUAGCUUUUGGCCCAAUGGUGUUAAGGCCGAGAAGAAACCACCGCGUGACACGGAAAUAAAAAACAGAACGAGAGUAGCGGCUAAGGUUGCUUUGCUGUCCUGCUUUUCGGACGAGUUAAAGCAUAUCAUAGGUAGCGAGACAACGAGGCGUGGACUCUUAAGAGUGUUUGAAUUGUUCCAACGUCCUGUGUUGAACAGAAGACUGUUAUACGUACUUUUGGAGGGAAUAAUAGAGACGUUAUUUCCACAGAACAAUUUAAUAGACAUUUUUCGCAAACUUUAUUCCGUUUCACCGAGGGUGCAAAAUAGACGUAUGCAAAAGUCUUAAUGUUAAAGGAAGAAAACACGACCGGCGUUCCAUUCGGUAUACUUGCAGUUUGAAAUAUACACAAUUUUUCUCAUAGAUUAAAGAAACGCAUAACAAUCAGGUAGUCAUGACACGCGUUAAUUUGUGUCCACGAGAAUUGUAAAAUACAAGACACCUACUUAAAGUAUUAUCGUAUCCUAUCGAUGCUCAAAGUACUGAAACUUCGCCAAGGGCGACGAUAAAUGCACCCGGCCGUCAAUAUUUGCAUCAAGCCCGUGAAACCAACAAAGUAAAUUAUUUCGAACAUGCAGCAAAUAGAAACAUUUAUCAACUGGGAACAAAAUGAAAGUUACAGGCUUUCAAUCUCGACGACGACUUAUAUGUAUAUUCGGUGAUAAGUAAGCACAGUAAUUCAGUGGCCAAAUAAUACGAUUAUACGAGUAAUUCAAAUACAUUAACCGAAUUCGUCUUAGGAUUGAAUCCUUCUAGAUAUUACGUAGCAUAAUGUUAUAAACUUUUCGUGAUUACCUCGUAGGAACACGUAUUAAGAACUACGCAUUCCAUUUGCAUUUCAAGAUGUACUUCAAAUUAAAGCGAUUCUCUUUUUACACGUAUACAUAUACUAGGAGACCAACGCGACACUUAACGCAAACGAGAAUGUGAUGACGGUUUGAUUAAUCUGUUAGCAUAAAUUAUCGUGGACGCUAUAGUUAAUUCUUCGAAACGUUCAAACACGUUCGUGCCAUCCGCGGGGCGUCUAUUAAUUUAUUACUUGAAAUAUUACUCGAAUCUGAAAUCUCUUAUGAACUAUAUAGGCUGUAAAAUUUAAAUUUAAAUUUAAUUUAUCUCUGUCGACGAUUAACCUUUCGACGGUGUAAAAUUGUUGUAAAUGUCGUAUGAUUGUACAUAAAGUUAUUUCUAUCAUGUUGA